CAGAAGUUCCAAACCAUUCAAUUCAAUAUCCUAACACAAGAAAAACUUUCAAGACACUGCAAAUUUCAUCUCACUCAAACACUAAAACAAACUUUCCUUAAUUUUUCAAGUGAUGGCAAUGAAGAGACAAAGGAGCAAUGAAGGCAUAGAUUAUGCAAAUUGUUUGAUGCUACUAUCUUGUCCACAACAAAAAAGCUAUGAAAAUGGUGAAUAUGAAUGCAAAACGUGCAACAAAAAAUUCUCAUCUUUUCAAGCCCUUGGUGGCCAUAGGGCUAGCCACAAGAGAAUGAAACUAGCUGAAGGUGAAGAACUCAAAGAACAAGCAAAAUCUCUUAGUUUGUGGAACAAACCAAAAAUGCAUGAGUGUUCUAUUUGUGGUAUGGGAUUCUCUUUGGGUCAAGCAUUAGGAGGACACAUGAGAAAACAUAGAGCUGUUAUAAAUGAAGGGGUUUCUUCCAUCAAUCAAAUUAUUGAAAAAUUUCCAGUUUUGAAGAGAUUGAAUAGUAAGAGGAUUAUGGGGCUGGACUUGAAUUUGACACCUCUAGAGAAUGAUGACUUGAUGUUUGGAAUUAAGUCACCACCAACACCAAUUCCACUUUCUUUGUUUUGAUCAACUUUACAUUUUUAACAUUUUCUUGACACAUGUAUUCUUUCAAUUUUUUGUGCAAAAAUUCGUUGAUUCUUAUUCUUAUAGUCUUACAGAUAAUAUAUGAUUUUUUUUUCUUCAUAUUCAUUCAUUUUGUAAUUGGUAAACACAUACAGUUAUUCAGAGAAUCCAAAAUUGAUAUUUCAACACCAUUA